GUCCCGCACGGAUCAGCCCCGCCGCCCGGCAGCUCCGCGCCGCUCCGCGCCGCUCCCUCGGGGGCCGCGGCUGGGUCUCGGACUCGGGGCUGUCCCGCAGCUUUUCAAGUUUUGCUUUCGGGUGCAAUUCGCGCGGGGACGCGCCCUAGCCCACCGCCGCCAUGGAUGCCAUCAAGAAGAAGAUGCAGAUGCUGAAGCUGGACAAGGAGAACGCCUUGGACAGAGCCGAGCAAGCCGAAGCGGACAAGAAGGCAGCGGAGGAGAGAAGCAAGCAGUUAGAGGAUGACAUUGUGCAAUUGGAAAAGCAAUUGCAUGUGACGGAGGAUGCAAGGGACCAAGUGCUGGAAGAGCUACACAAGUCUGAGGAUAGCCUCCUCUCCGCAGAGGAGAAUGCUGCCAAGGCUGAGAGCGAAGUAGCUUCUCUGAACAGACGCAUCCAGCUGGUUGAAGAAGAGUUGGAUCGGGCUCAGGAGCGCUUGGCUACUGCACUGCAGAAGCUGGAGGAGGCCGAGAAGGCUGCAGAUGAGAGUGAAAGAGGAAUGAAGGUCAUUGAAAAUAGAGCCCAGAAGGAUGAGGAGAAGAUGGAAAUCCAAGAGAUCCAGCUUAAAGAAGCUAAGCACAUUGCUGAAGAGGCUGACCGCAAAUAUGAAGAGGUGGCUCGUAAGCUUGUGAUCAUUGAGAGUGACCUGGAGCGGGCUGAGGAACGUGCUGAACUAUCAGAAAGCCAAGUCCGACAGCUGGAAGAACAGUUAAGAAUAAUGGAUCAAACCUUGAAAGCAUUAAUGGCUGCAGAGGAUAAGUAUUCACAGAAGGAAGACAAAUAUGAAGAGGAGAUUAAAGUCCUGACUGACAAACUGAAGGAGGCUGAGACCCGUGCUGAAUUUGCUGAGAGGUCAGUAACCAAGCUGGAGAAGAGCAUUGAUGACCUAGAAGACCAACUCUACCAGCAACUUGAGCAAAACAGUCGCCUAACUAAUGAACUAAAGCUGGCAUUGAAUGAGGAUUAAACUUUAGUGUGACUAUAUUGUUAACUUGUUUAAAAACUGCUUCUUCCAAAUUUCCUUAAGAGUGAAUCAGUAAAUGUAGAAAUAAGCAAGAAACCUAGAAAUUGAUUUUUUCAGGCUGUUGAUUCUGUGGUAAAUUAAUGGAUGAAAUUCUCAGUUUCUGUUGGAAAAACAUGAAAAUGCUUCUUCUGCAUGAGGCUUUUCAUGAUCUGUAUGCACACCUACUUUGGAGGAGCAGUAAGCUCUUUGGCUGUGCAAUAGCUCCUUUCCACUUCAGUAAACAGCUACAACGUUUAGCUAACGGUAUCCAAAAAGUAACAGCCUGCCUUGUAGAGAGACACUCAGUUUACCUGACAUCAUGAAUUGGCCCUGAGAUUUUUACUAGAACAUGGACGAGAGGAAAAUGUUCACCAGGAUUCAUAUUUCCGUAUUUCCAAACCAACAUAAAGGAUACGUAUAGCUGUUUUGUUAUCUGGAGACUUUAACGCAAUGAUUUUGCGUUACUAUGAAUUGGGAUUGUAUUUGACUUUAAAAAAAAAACCAAACCAAACAAAACCAAACCUAGGAAUGGGAGCUCCAUCUGAAAAUACCCGGUCAGUUUAAAGGUAUGCUUGCAUUAGUAUGAAGUUACUAUUACUGGAUUCUGGUAGGGUGCAGCUCUAGAACAUUGUGCUCAUUUAUUGUAUCAAAUAAGUGUGUUAAAUGACUGUCCUAUGAAAGUGUGCAUGCAACAUAAAGCUACUAACUUCAAUUUUAUUUAUUUUCUAGAAGAAAUAAAUUUCCUAAAGGUCACUUCACUGAAGAAGAGAUUAGUUUUAAUUUUUUUGUUCUUUGCAAGUUCUGAAUUACAUGAAACAAAGUAUGGAUCUGCAAAGAACUUAAUUAUUAUCUUUAUUGGCCUACUUUAAAAAAAAAAAAAACCAAAACCAUUCACCAUCACACAUUCCUAUAAGCAAAGAGCUUCCAGAACAUGCAAGAAUUUCGUCUCUGUUGGCAGUGCAUUUUCUUAACAAAUGCAGCUGUAAACAGUUCUAAACUUGCAUUACUUGCCAUUUGUUUUAUUAAUUUGGAAUUCUCUCUAGAUGUGUUGUCUGGGGACAUCGAUAUUUAUGAGCAUGCACAUUUCUUAACUUUCUAAACACUCCAAUAGAAAUGAUGAUUGCAUGCCUUCGUGUUCUGAGAAUCAGUGCCUCCAAAGAACUGCUAUUCAUGUUUUAAUUUUCUAAUCCCA